AUGGCCAGUGCACGUUCUGUAAUCAAAACACGGGGAGCAGGAUUUCACUCCCGAGCACCCGAGCAAUUUCCUGUCAUCGGGCGGGGAGGAGAGGGGAGCCCCACUGACGCCAGACUGUGCUUGUCUCCCUUUUCCAGCCACAAAAAGUACAGGGCUGCCCUGAAGAAGGAGAAACGAAAGAAACGUCGGCAGGAACUCGCUCGAUUGAGAGACUCAGGACUCUCACAGAAGAAGCAGGAGGAAGAGGAGGAAUCUUUGAUUGAACAACAAGAAGAGAAGCUGUUGGAGAUAGAGAGGCUAAAAUUACAUGAGGAGUGGUUGCUGCGGGAGCAGAAGGCACAAGAAGAAUUCAGAAUAAAGAAGGAAAAGGAAGAGGCAGCUAGAAAACGGCAGGAAGAACAGGAGAGAAAGUUAAAGGAAGAAUGGGAAGAACAGCAGAGAAAAGAGAAAGAAGAGGAGGAGCAGAAGCUACAGGAGAAGAGAGAAAGAGAGGAGGCUGUGCAGAAGAUGCGGGAGCGGGCUGAAAAUGAGUUGGAAAAUAAUGCCACAUGGCAAAACCCAGAACCACCCACGGACUUAAGAAUAAUGGAGAAAGAUCGAGCUAAUUGUCCAUUCUACAGUAAAACAGGAGCUUGCAGAUUUGGAGAUAGGUGUUCACGUAAACACAAUUUCCCAACAUCAAGUCCCACUCUUCUUAUUAGAAGCAUGUUUACAACAUUUGGAAUGGAGCAGUGCAGAAGGGAUGACUAUGACCCCGACGCCAGCCUGGAGUACAGCGAAGAGGAGACUUACCAGCAGUUCCUGGACUUUUACGAGGACGUGCUCCCCGAGUUCAAGAACGUGGGGAAGGUGAUCCAGUUCAAGGUCAGCUGCAACUUGGAACCUCAUCUGAGGGGCAAUGUGUAUGUUCAGUACCAAUCGGAAGAAGAAUGCCAAGCAGCCCUUGCUCUGUUUAACGGACGAUGGUAUGCAGGACGACAGCUUCAAUGCGAAUUCUGCCCAGUGACCCGGUGGAAAAUGGCAAUUUGUGGUUUAUAUGAAAUACAGCAAUGCCCAAGAGGAAAACACUGCAACUUUCUUCAUGUGUUCAGAAAUCCCAACAAUGAAUUUUGGGAAGCUAAUAGGGACAUCUACCUGUCUCCAGAUCGGUCUGGCUCUUCCUUUGGUAAGAACUCGGAGAGGAGAGAGAGGAUGGGCCACCAUGAGGAGUACUACGGCAGGCCCAGGAGGAGGAGAAGCCCCAGUCUGGCCCGUUUCUAUAAGAGGAAUGGAGAAGCGGAGAGGAAAAGGAGAAGUAGCCACAGGGAUAAGAAAUCUCACAGACACACAGCAAGAAGUCGUGACAGGCACCGCUCACGAAGCAGAGAAAGAAAAAGGGACCGAAGCCGGGGCCGGGGCAGCCGGGGCAGCCAGAGCCGGAGCCACCGGAGCAGGAGCCGGAGCAGGAGCAGGAGCCGGAGCCGGAGCAGGAGCAGGAGCAGGAGCCGGAGCCGGAGCCGGAGCCCAAGCCCCUCUAGGUCUCGGAGUCGAGGUGGCAGGAAGUCAGGUAGUAGAGACAGAACUAUUCAUAGUCCCAAAUCCAAAUAAACUGACUUUGUUUUUAAACAAUUGUAUAUGUUAUUUAUUAUGGUUGCUCCAUACUUGGAUAGAGGGCUCUGAGCUUAAAUGAAUUAGCAAGUCUGACAGAACCUUAUGUCAUCUGGAACUCUAUUUUAAAAUACUCUUAUUCUCUGAUAAUUUAUGCGCUUCUUUUAGAAAACCUAAAUGUAUAAAUAACAUGAAUAUUACUUGUAAUCCUAACCCUGAAAGCUAACCAGUUAAUACUGGAACAUUACUUUAGUCUUUUUUUCUCUUCUUACGGGUAUGUGCACAUUUUUUACACAAAGAUCAUAGAAGGCUGCAGUUGAAUAUGCUUUUUCUCACACCAAAUAUUGUCAUAUUUUCUCAAGUCCUAUUCUUAAUGUUAUUUUUACUCACUGCAUAGUGUGGAUCUCUUAAUUUAUUCAACCAUAUCCUUCUUGGAUUUUAAGUUCUUUUAACUCUUACACUAUUAAAGCAUCCUGUGCAAUAAACAAACAA